AGGACGUUGAGGCGCGCUAGAAUUGCUGAAGGGACUGCUUCAAAGGCCUACUAAUGGUUGUCGGGAUCUGUCACUUCGGGAUCAAGAGGAAGAUGCACGUCGACGCGAACCCGACGUUUCGGAUACCCAGCGACGCGCUCGGCCGAAUCGAUAAGGAGCCAGCCUCGCCAGAAUCCAUACAAGACGCGGAUCUCCAUGGCGAGGUGGAUGGGCCAGAACUCAGCGGGGAUGACAGAAGCAUCGCCAGUGACAUCCACGAUGCCACCGAGGCGAACCUUGACCAUGACUCCAUGGACUCGGACAGGGAAGCCCUCAAUCUGGUCACAGACGUGUCGCAUCGCAACAGCAGCAGCGGUACCAGCGGCAGCGCCUCGUCGCCCAGUUCCGGGGUGAGCAGCCAAAUAACAGGUAGCCACCAGCAACAGCAACACACGGCCAGCCAGCAGAACAGCAACAGCUCGCAAGCGGCGUUGGCUGCACAACUGGUUGGCCAGCAGUUGCUGAUGCACGGCUCGUUGGGCGCUCUGGGGCCCCAAGAGAUCCAAGCUCUGGCCUCGAUGCUCCAGCCGCAGCAACAAUCGCUGCAGCAACACUUGCAGCAGUUGGCCAUGUUUCAGCAGGCCAAUCCCGCCGCGGCAGGUCAGGCACAGUUCUUCCUGCAGAAUCAGGUGCAAGCAGUGGCACAGGCAGCUCAGCAAUUGCAAGCCCUGCAGAAGCAGCAGGCUCUUCAGGGCGGUGGAGGUCUCGUCGGUCGAAGUUUAGCGCAACAAAGGUCGCCACCGCCUCCUGGCACGCCGCCAGCAGUGAAACAACCGCCCACCAGACUGGAACCUUCGCCAGAAGAGACGACGGACCUCGAGGAACUCGAGCAGUUCGCCAAGACCUUCAAGCAGAGGCGGAUCAAGCUUGGAUUCACUCAAGGCGACGUUGGCCUCGCUAUGGGGAAACUCUACGGCAACGACUUCUCCCAGACGACGAUCUCCAGGUUCGAGGCGCUGAACCUUUCCUUCAAGAACAUGUGCAAACUGAAGCCCCUUCUGCAGAAAUGGCUGGAGGACGCCGAUAAUUCCCUGAAUAACCCAAAUUCCCUUUCAAACCCACUCACCACGCCGGAAGCCAUCGGCAGGCGGCGGAAGAAGAGGACCUCGAUAGAGACCAGCGUCAGAGUGGCGCUGGAGAAGGCGUUCGUGCAAAACCCGAAACCCACCUCGGAGGAAAUCACCAUAUUGGCCGACAGCCUGGCGAUGGAGAAGGAAGUCGUUCGGGUGUGGUUUUGCAAUAGACGGCAGAAAGAGAAGAGGAUCAAUCCGCCGACAGCGGCGAUGGGCAGCCCGACGAUGGCGUCUCCUGCCCCGUCGGUGUUCGCAUCCCUGGCGAGUUCGAUGUCUGGCAGUCCUCUUGCAUUGACGACGCAUUCCUCGGGGAUGGGCCACCCCCAUUCUCACCCCGCGCCCCUCGGCUCGCCGUUACCUUUGGCCCUGGUGGCAUCGGCAGGUGGAAACUACCAUCCGUUGAGCGGCAAGUCCCACGAGUGACACCAGCAGCCGACCCAUCCCGGGGAGGCUCUAUUUCAUCAGCAUCAUCACCAGCAACCGCAUCAGCAGCAACAGCAGCAACGACGUUUGUGCAAUCUACCUGAGUUCUAUCACUAAUCACCGCCAGGUGGUCUGUCUGCGGAUGGCAAUGACGUGUCACUGGUGGUCACACAGCGUCAACGAUUCGAGGGGAUCGGGAUCAUCGAAUCCGCCGAAUGGAAUUUGGCGCGAAACGGACGAACGCGGAUGAUCGUCGCGGAAGGGGAUAAAGCAAUAGUCAGCUUUUUGGGAGUGGAAGAGACGACGAAGACGCCGUACCUAACGGCACGAUCGCGAUACGAUACGACACACAUAUCCUGGCGACGAGGUCUCGCUUCGAAAGGACUUGACGAUGGAACGAGGCACCGAUCGGUCCUCGAUGAGAGAGAACGCUGAAGGAACGAUAUCGUGGGCUGUCUUCUGCGUUGUUCGGAGCGAGGCGUAACCUCGGAGUAUACGAAGCACGCGGGGAUGCUGAACGUCGACGAAAGACUUUUAGACAAUUGCUUGUUUCGACUUAGGAAAUUCGGUAUCGCGAACUGCGGCCCAAAGACGCGUCUAGAGAACAUAGAUUGUCGGUAUUUCGUUAAGUUUCACGGUUUUUUCUCAGUAUUAUGCGUUUCUUCGGUUGUUAACGUUGACUUGAAUCGUAGGACGUCGCGAGUCGUCUUCUCGUGCACUCGAAACGAAGCUUUCAAAGUCGGCCGCCGGUUCGAGGCUCUAGUUCCCAAGUUCGCAACUUUCUGUUUCCUUUGAAUUUAAUAUUUGCACCGAUCGUUGAAUGAUUGGUUCUUUCCGUUGUAUCAACGGAGAAGAAAAGAUUGCUAACGAGAUCGUUGGAAGUCGUUGAAAGAGACCUUGAGCGAUUUGAAUUACAUGAGAAACAUCAAGGUACAGCGACUCACUGUCCUUGUUAUUGUAAUCGUUUGGCACAAUUAUAAUUGUUGCGAGUGAUCCCCAUUAACCUUGUCGAUUAUCGUAUUGCGAGUCCCCUUAUAAGUAUUACUAUCGUGUGGUAUAAUUACAGGGAUCGAAGCUCCGUUUUGAGACCGAAGCGGCUAACUUCGUUUCAAGCGUCUUCCGUUUACGAACGUUUCCAACAACGGUGGAGUUCCUGAGUUGACUUUGUAGCUAAAAGAGACUUUGGAGGCUUUGUUCUCGCGUACACGUUGUACACCGUUUACCUACAAGGAGCAAUUAACAACACGAAUGCAGCCGGCCACGGUCCGCCAUAAAACAAGGCCCUCGAUCGGCUUCCCCGAGUUAUCAUUUGAAUUAUCAUGAAAUAUUUAUCAAGAGGGGAACCGUUCGACGAUACACAUGUAAUUAUCGACUGGUUUCCCUCCCGAGUCGUUUUGCUUCUCCUUUUGCCCGUCGAAACGACUUCCACAUCGAACCGUAUUAAAUUUUAAACGACCCAAAGCGAUCUCGAGUAAUCCUCCUCGGCGUUGGUGACCGCGAACUUCGAAAUCGUUGAGGAAGGAACUUUGAAGGGAGUACGGAUAAGAAUUCUUAACCGUUCGCGUUCGUGUUCGAACGAGUCGCAGGGAAGCACGAACACCUCGAGCCAACGCGACCGACGAGAAUAUUCAUCGUGUCGCGAUCGAGAGGAUGUUGGACUCUUCGAGGUUACUCGACUCUCUCCGUGGUAAGCAGGGUUUACGUACGACUUGCGAGGAAGCGUUCGCUAUUUCAAGAUCGAGAGCUCGCCCUCUGCUGAAGCUGAGAUGGGCAGAGUUUGCGUCCAAACAAAAUUUGGGACGAUGAAUGAAGGAUAACGCUGUUUUUUUUUUGUUCGUUGUUCGAAUUAUCGAAUUAAAUAUUUCGCAAGGACCAUAUGAAGAUUGAACUAUUCGAUCCAAUAAACGUUACGUAUUAUUCAAAUGAAAUUUUGUUUAUUUCUGACAGAAGGUCACUGCGAGAUUGUACUGGUUGAUUUUUGGUAGAAACACGCGGGCGAAUUUAUCGAAGCUUGACCAUUCACUGCCACGAAGAACACGAAACGUCUAUGUUGAGUACUCCGAUAUUUAACAUUUUUGUUUGACAUUUUGGGUGGAAAUUGACGGUUACAUUUUGCCAGAGACUCUUGGGAUUAUCGAAUCAUCCAGUUUUCUUUUCGAGAUUGAAUGUUGCGGACGAGCUUCCGAUUUUCAAAAUACAAGCAACGCUGCCUCGUCGGUGGUGAAAAAAUGCGGCGAGGUCCGACAAUACGUUUUGUACAUAAUUACGCAUACGUUUGCGUGUCUGUCGCAGCGUCAUACAUAUCCGUGCCCCGAGUCUGUAUAUAUUUAAAUUGUACGAGCGUAAAUUUGGUGAAAUUUACAAGAAUGCGACGGUUGACUCGUUCUUCCUAAUCCAUGAUCGCUUGACGUUCGAAGAUCUGAGAAUCUUAGUGAAUUAAAAAACAAACAAUUGAUCCACACUCUUUGUUUAAUAUAAGAAAUGAUUCUACGAGCAAUUAUAACUCAAUAUAGCAGAGGAAUACACAGCUGAGUUUUUUCUAGGCAUCAACUCAAAAUCGCGAUCUUCCCAAAAAUUCUCAUUUAUCGGUUCCAAAUAAAAGUAUCGUCACCUAGAAACGUUAAUACAAAAGAAAUGAACAAAACUUAGACCGUAAACAUUACGAGUCAAACGCUGCGCGACUAACAUGCUAACUCGGUAACAAUAAACUUCCAACAAUUUUAUCUCUGCCAAUUUUUAAGUUAGAUGACUCAAAAUUUCGACGUAUACUUGUGGAACACCUUGAAUCGCAGGUGCAAAUUUUCAGAUUAAUAGCGUGGGUAGUUUUCGCGAAGUAAAAUCGCGAAUGCAAUAGUGAUACGAUGUUCGGGUGAUUUCAAUGCGUGGUUGAGUCGCAUAGUCACGCUCAUAGUGUUCAGAAGUGAUUUCGUUUAGGUGAACGAGUUAGCGUUCGUAUUCUUGGCGGAUGUCAUUGGUCCGACACGAGGGUCUUGUAGAUACCUGUAUGUGCAUAUGCCUAUGGUACGUACCGGGUGAACAGAAUUUUAUCAUCUUAAUCAUUUCUGCAACUAUUGGAAAUAAUCAAAUCACUUCUAUUUCUGAAACUUCGGUUCAGAGAGACUUAGAAACUAUGUAUAGUACAUUUUUUGUAACUUAUCUUCUUCAAGUUUUCAAGGUCAACUUCUUCUGUCUUUAACGGGUGGCUAUUUUUUUUGUGACAGAGAAAUUAAUUCUGAGAGAAAAAGUAUGAAGGUAUAUCCAUUCCAAAACUAACAUUUUCGUUUCAUUACCUCGAAUGUUACAGAAACAUUGUUAGAACAGAGUUCCAAUUCUAUUGUAGUCGCUGUGCAUUGUUAGAAAAUCAAGUUGACUUUAGAAGCUUGAGAGUCACUUUGAUUCCGAUUAUCAAGAAAAAAUUCUAUCAAGUUUCACUGUUCACCCAGUGUACACCCGCUACACCCAAAUAAUUAUACAUACAUAUUGGCGCGUAUACGUUUACUCGAGUCGAUUGAACGCGCUCGUGGUUCGAGAGUUCGCGCCCUCCCCGCUAUUUUUUAAUGACACAUUCGUUUCUCAUUGUGAAUUUUUGAUAUCGAGAGGCCGAAGACGCGCGCUCGAGGUGAGAACUCUCGUUCCGGCGCGCAAAAAUCGACUGCCUCGAGGUUGGUGAACACCCGGUGACUAAUUAUGAUUAGGGCUAUGAUUUUUGGACGAGAAACGUCGAAUGACAGAGAAGAGACGUUCACUAAGGGCCGUACACAUAAAAAUUAUAUCGUAAUCGCCGUAUGCUAAGUCGUGGAUAUACCUAUAAAUAUAUUAUAUUAUAUAUAUACAUGUGCGUAUGCGCGUACACGGAAGAAGAAGCGCGAGAUGUGAGCACGUGCGUCGGGUUAUACAUAUGCAUGUAUAAAUAUACAUACUAUACAUAAAUGUAUAAAGUAAACGCGGUGUAAAUAAUAUGGGAGAAUCGAUAGGGAGCGGCGAUUAGCGGAAACCGCGGCGGAUUUAUUCAUCGUAGCGAUUCGUUUCUUAUUAUGACGUCAGUUAUUAUUAAGUACCCUUAAUCGUAGGAAUCAGUGAGCGUUGCAGACGUGUCGAGAUAUGGAAGUCGAAGGGUUGGGGAUGCCGAACGAAUAAUCGCUUUUUCAUUUUGAGACUCAGAGACAGCUAAAUUUUUACUAAUAUUCACAGUAAAGGAUGAUAAUUUUGAAAUUUCAAACAAGCUAGUAGAUAUAUAUUUAUUUCACAAUUGUAUUUAUCAAGUAAACAAAAAUGUAUUAUUGAAAACAAAAGGGAUUUUUAAUAUUUGAGAAUGUUUAUGGACGAACUGCAGGAUGAUAAAUGCUACAAUUAAAUUUUUUGAAUUAAUACAUAAAAAAGAAUUUACUAAAGGUAUCAUGAGAAAUAUAUUACAAGAUAUAGUUACAUCAUUUUGUGUAAUAAUUUCGCAAAUUCUUUUCUUACAUGUUUAUUUAGUAGGUUUGAUGGUAACAUUCAUAAGUUUUGAAUAUGAUUAAAACAGAAACAGUCGAAACUUACACGUACAUUAAAUAAUAGUUUAUUAUUAUUAUUAUUCAAUUCUUCCAUGCUAAUUUCGCUCAUAAUGUAUUUUUUUAUAAUGUGUAAAAAUGCUCCAUUUGGCUUUCCAGCCCUUCGAUCUCGUUAUCGACAACGUCAGCGCAUCUCAGCCGUGUAUAUUUGUUGCGAAAUUCGUUUUUUAAAUUGUAUAUACACAUAUAUAUGGCGUCGAACGUUAAUCACAAGUGUAUGCACAUCUGCCAACGUAUGUAUAUAUAUAUAUAUAUAUAUAUAUAUUAUUGAUAUUAUAUUAUAUGUAAUUUUCUACGGGAGUGACGUCGACGCGACAUGAUAUAUUACAAUAUAUUUUGCGAUAUUUUAAUAUAUUCUGCUCGCGCGAUUAUAUAUAAUAUAAUACAUGUAUGUAUGUAUGUAUGUAUGUAAACGCGUACGAGACGAGAUCUCGUAUCGAUCACGCGCGUCCUUUCGUUCUUAAUCACCCACAAGCGUUAUCAUCCCCUCUCCCUCGAGUUUCCCGAUCCUACUGCCGCCAACUGAAUCCAGUCCAUCGUCCUCUCAUGCAACGUACAUCGUUUGAUUUCUAACCAUUAACUUCCAGAGUCGUGGACCAAGCUGUAGUGAAACAAAAGUGCGAAUGUGAUCAAGUGAGAGAGUGAGAGAAAACGCGAGAGAGAAAUUUGACGACGAAAAGAAAUACGAUAUACAAGAAAGAGUUCCUAGAGCACCCGUUUCGAGUGCGUUAGACGUUUUAUAAAUUUAAUGGUGAACGGGUGGGAGACGAUAGAUGCGAGAGAAAUCGUUAGAGCGGAGAACAUGAUUUGAAAACGAAGCGAGAGUGAGUGAUAGCGAUAAAGGGACAAUUCUGCGUUUUCCUAAUCUUCCCUUUCAUUUCGUUUUUCUUUUUUUUGUUUUCUUCUCGUUCGUCGGAGGUGUGUAACGUUGUAGAUAAAAUGAGAAAAAUUAGAAUCGAUAACUCGCCCCCUAACCCCCUCCCUCUGAUCGACGUGUCAUUGGUUCAUUUUUUUUUUCUUGCGAGCCUCGACGAGCCGGCGCAUUCCGCGUGCGAAUAGACACAUUAAUUACAGUGAUUAUUAUUAUUAUUAUUAUUAUUAUUAUUAUUAUUAUUAUUAUUAUUAAUUAUUAUUAUAUUAUUAUUAUUUCAUUAUAUUUUAACUUUUAUUAAUUAAAAAUAAAAGUGCUAGACAGAC